AGUCUCGACAAACGUCUUACCAUCGAAGAACAGGUAGCCAUCCUCGGUGCAGGCUCCAUGGUGGCGCUCAACGUAAACGCAAUUGCCACAUACGUUUCGAACUUGAUGAAGGCGCAGAGCGAAGCCAACACCUGUGGCGUGAUAUCUGGCACAGUCGACGGUGUCAACUAUCAGUACCAUGCGGCAACAACAGGCAAGAACUGCGACACUACAGCUGAGACCAAGACGAUGAAUGAUGCCGUCGCUCGAGCAUUGGAGUUUAUGCAAACCCACAAUAUCAACCAAGCCUGCUUCAAUAUGCAGCAUGGCGGUACGUGGAGAGGAUUACUACAAUUGGCAAGUGGUGGUAGGACAAUCAUCAACGGCAAAUGCGACAGUGUGACAUACACAUUGACCGUGACCUGA